AUGGUCCUUCUAUUACAAGCUGCUUUUUUGCCUCGUCUUGUUUAUUUUUUGAGAACAUCCCCUCUGUUGGAUGUUUCGAUCCUCAAUAGUUUUGACGAUCACCUCCGUGACGCAUUCCAGUCCAUCUUCAACAUAAAACUCGAUCAAAAAAAUUGGUUGCAGGGGACGCUGCCUAUAUUUGUUGGUGGCCUGGGUUUGGGUUCCGCGGCUGAGCUGGCACCUUCUGCCUUUUUGGCUUCUGCUGCUGCCACGGUGGCCCUCCAGGAUCUGAUGUUGCCGAGGGAUGGGAUUUAUGUCGAUAACUUCAGAAUGCAAAUAUACGACAUGUGGCGCGCCACCAACGGAGAUGUGGUUGCGCUCGAAAACCCCUCGCAAAAACAUUGGAUCGCCCCCUGUCUUAAUAGAUCAGUUGAUCGAUGGCUGCAACUGAAUGGCUCUACUUUUGACAAGGCUAGAAUUAUGGCUGGACGGUCCCUGGCUUGGGACGUUACCUUACCCCACACUAUGGCUGACCGAUAUAUUGGCUACACUUCAGUGGAGGCGGGCACUGCUGCCCUUAAAGCGUCCGAUUUCAAAAAUGAAAAAUACGUUUCAUUAAACAAUUUAAGCAAAAUAUUUCAACCCAUUUGCAUUGAAACCCCGCACUUAAUUGCACAACAAAAACUUGGUUCAUCCCAAUUGACUAACACAAAUAAGUGCAUGUUGAGCUUUGAGAAAAUUUUUCCUGAAUUUUAUAAUAAUACCGAACUCUGGAAUUAUUGGUAG